CUAACAUCACAUUUUCUUGUCCUAAAAUUUCAUCAGAAACAAAACAACAGCACGACGUUGACUCUUAAACCCAAUGUCAUGUUUUCCUCCUCAAAACCCCACCUCUCUCCGGUUCGCUCCAUCCUCCCUCCGGUUCGCUGCGGCAUCCGCGAACUCCGCCACCGAAUCCAAACCGUCGACGCCACUCACAAACUCACCGAAGCCAUGAAGCUCGUCGCCGCCGCCCGAGUCCGCCGCGCCCAGGAGGCCGUUGUCAGCGCCCGCCCCUUCUCCUCCAACCUCGCCGCCGUGCUCGCCGACGUCGCCCAGCGCCUCCAAGACGACGGCGUUUCCACCCCCCUCACCGCCUCCCGACCCGUCAAGACCGUCGCCCUCGUCGUCGUCACCGCCGACCGCGGCCUCUGCGGCGGUUUCAACAAAUCGGUGAUUAGCAAAGCCGCGACCCGAAUCGAGGAGUUGAAGAAACUCGGUUUGGGGUGCGUCGUUAUCAGCGUCGGCAAAAAGGGUAACUCGUUUUUCGCCCGCAAUGGUAAAAACAGCGACCCUUUUGUUAAAGUUGAUAGCUUUAUAGAGAUUGGCGGUUUUCCCACCGCGAAGGAGGCUCAGGUCAUUGCUGAUGAUGUUUUUUCGUUGUUUGUGAGUGAGGAGGUUGAUAAAGUUGAGCUUGUGUACACUAAGUUUGUGUCUCUGGUUAGGUUUGAGCCUGUGAUUGGGCCUUUGUUGCCUUUUGUGAAUGAUGGGAAUGGGAAUUGUGGUGAUGGGGUUUUUAGGUUGAGUACUAAGGAGGGGAAGUUGGCUUUGGAGAGGGAUGUUGUGAGGUUUAGGAAAGAGGGUGAGGGGUUAGUGUUGCCCCUUAUGGAGUUUGAGCAGGAUCCUGUUCAGAUUCUUGAUGCCAUGUUGCCUCUUUAUUUGAAUAGCCAGAUUUUGAGGGGCUUGCAGGAGUCUGUGGCUAGUGAGCUUGCUGCUAGGAUGGGGGCCAUGGCGGCCGCCACCGAUAACGCGGUGGAGUUGGGGAAGAGCCUUUCGGUUGCCUACAACCGGGAGCGGCAGGCCAAGAUCACUGGAGAGUUGUUGGAGAUUGUGGCUGGUGCUGAGGCACUAACAAGAAAUGACUCAUGAAUGGGAUUUGGUUUUGGUUCUCCUUACCAUUGUGGUGUUGAGACUUGUGAGUGAGCACGAUGGAUUUUGUUUUGCUGGGAUUUGAGUUGUUGAAUUUGUUGUCAUUGUGUACAACGAGCAGGGAGGAGGAGAGAAAAUUUGAUACAUGGUUUAGUUUUUGGACAGAGAGGCAGGAGAGAAAUUGUACAGUGUGAACAUUAUAAGAACCACCAAAUGUUAGUAUCAUCAACUAGGAGUCUGUUUAGAUACAAGCUUUUGAGUUUUGAGAAACAUCGAAAGCUCUUCUAAGUUGGUAUUCAAACAGAUACUAAUUCAUUAAUCAAUGUGAACAACACAAGAAGCACUAGAUGUUAGUAUCCUCAACUAGUUCAUUGUUCAAUGUGAACAACAUAAGCACCUGAAGUUAGUUAUACUCAACUAGUUCAGAUCCUCUCCUACAAGAUUUCUCUACAUUAGGAAUCUUGACUUUGCAUCACAUUCUCUCCCCUCCUUGAUUGUUGAGUAAUGACAAACUUAACAGCUCAAAUGCGAAAUUCAGUUGGAGAGGAUCCAAGCAGAAGUAUUAUUCUCUUUAAUUCUUAACUUGUUCUUAGCUUUAUAAAACUUUUACUUUAGUCUUGAAAUUUGUCCAAUGUUGUAAAAUGUCACUUUAGUUCUUAAUGCCGGUGGAAACUGUAGUGAAAAAGGACCAAGUGAAUGUCAUUUUGCAACGUUUGCAGGUUAAAAUGCAAGUUUUGUUAAGGUUAAAGUGAAGGAUGCUUUCAAUUUUGGAUAUCAAAGUGAGGGCUUACACAAUAUGCGAUGCAAGAGGUUCCCAACGUCACAUUUCACAAAUACUGUAGCUUCUCAAUAGUUGAUUGAUAAAUACAUGAGUUUUGACCC